CAAGAAGACUAUAGACUUCAUUCUUUUUCAUUUGUUUUCAUUCUUUUUUAUUUGUAUCUGGCAUGGUAGUUGGUGUUAAAAGAAUAGACAUAGUUUUAUAUUUUAAGUCUGUGUUAUAAAUAAAAAUAUGGCUGGUUUAAAUCAAUCAUUUUUCAAUUCUAUCCUGGAUCAAAAGGGUGUGUCGGAAGAGCGUAAAAAACAAUCAGUUUACUUUCCAAAUAUGUGCCAUAUUUGUCGUUGUUUCGGUGAAAAAGUAAACCUUAAAAGAUGCAGCGCUUGCGACAUGAUUUCUUACUGCAGUAAAGAGCACCAAAAAGAAGAUUGGCCGAGUCACAAGCAGUUUUGUAAAGUAUUGUGCCAAAUGAAGAAGGAUUAUAAAGUUGAUAAUCUAUUUGAGUCAUUGAAAGCGAACACCGAGGAAGAAAGAAUGGCUGUUUUCAAAGAAGUUGAAGAUGAUGGAAAAGGCGACAUUUUAGUAAGCCAGCUGUUGAUGAAAGCAACCACACUACUGAAGAGAAGGUUAAAACCACAGGAAUCACUUAUGAUCAAGUUUCCUAGAAUUUGCUCAAUUUGCUUCGAAAAUAGAAAUGAACUUCUUGUAAAUUGCAAGAAAUGCCCACAAAUUUCAUUUUGCAAAGAACAUUUAUUAAAUAAUUCUGCUCAUGAAAAGGAAUGUCAUAAAUUUGUCCUCAAUUCAAUUUAUAAAUCGAAAUCAGUUAUAAAAAUGGCAGCGGCAGUAAAAUUGUCGACACAAAUUAAAAUUGACAAGUUACCGUCUUCAAUGACGGAAUUUUUAAAGAUUAUCGUCACAAAGGAUUCAGUCGAUAUAUAUUCGGAGGAAACAAAAGAUUUAUUGAACUCAGUAUUUUCGGAAAAAUAUUCAAGACCGCUGUCAAUAAUUUUCGCUUUGGAGAAAUUAGAUUUUCCUAAAAAUUCCGAAAGUUUAGUGAUUCACGUUGUAGGCGCCUCUUUGCCAGAGCAAUUGUAUAACGAGUGGGAAAUAUUAUUGCACUAUUUGAAAUCUGUGAAAAAACUUUUGGUGAUUCUCAUUGGAGACGAAUUAAUGUUUCUUUACAAUCAAACGGAAGAUCUUUGCGAAUCCUGCAAAAAAGAAAACAAGGAAAUAACAAUUGAAUCGCAUCAUACAGUAUAUGAUGAGUACUGUCGACGAUCGAAUUUUAAAAAACCGGAUAUUAUCGCUUGCCUCAAUGUUGGUUUUCAUUUUUAUCCUACUUGGGAAAAAUCUAUUAAAGUGUUAAACAAAGGACAGUGUCCUUUAGUAGUCACAGGCUUUUUCAAAGCUGAAGGUCUUAGGGACGCACAAAUUGUCAAGUCAGUAUUUCCUUCGGCAAAUUGUAUCUUCAGUGAUUAUAAUCCGUUUAAAAGUUUAAAUUAUACAAGAAGGAAGACUGGGACACCUUUAAUUUCCGUUAAUCAAUUUAUUUCUAUCUAUGAUCGACUUAGUGAAGAAAAUACAUCUAAGUGAUGUUUUACGUUUUUCAGUCUAAUAAUUGUGCAAUAUUGCAGUAAGAAAAUUUAUACUUUUUUUGUCUUUACGAAAUAUUCGUUCUUCAUGAAGACACAGUUUUAAAUACAUUUACAGCAGAGCUGUAAAUAUUAAUUUUGUAAACAAUGUUACAAAGUAAUUCAAUGUUUUGUUAUAAAAGUUUUUUAUAAAAGCUGUCUGCGUCCUUUUCUUUCCAAUGCUCUGUUCCUGUAUUGUUACAAUUUAUUAUUAUUUUGUUAUUACAAUUCAGUUAUUAUUCAUUAUU